UCUUCAGCUAGGCGAGAUCGGUCAGAACUGUAGAGAUAUGGAGUACGAGCAAUAUGAACAAGAAGUCAAGAUUAUCAAUCAGCAAGCAUCUAACAAAUUUUGCAAAAUUGUUUGCUCAGAAAUAGGUGCUUGCAUGUUCAAUCCAUUCCAUUAUACAGCCAGUUUGGAGUUUCUCAAAGAUUUCAAGCUAUUUUAUAUAGGAAACUUUGAUUCUAAUUUGACUGAGCAGCAUAUCUUGGUGUCUCAGGUCAGAUUGAAAUACUUUAAUAGAAUGAUUGAAGAGUAUUCAAAAUAAACAAGAGAUAAUAAGACUUGCUCUUUACGAAGAUUCUCCAAUUUUUAGGCAUAAAAGAGCUAUUAAUAAUGUUAUCAGAGGAGUCCAUACUUUGAAAGAUCUUAAAAUAAACUCUUUGACUAUUACCUCUAAACAAUUUGUGCAAAUACUUCUAAGCGGCACCAACCUUGAGAAAUUUAACCUGGUCGAUUGUACCUUUAUAGGAGCUCAAUUUGUAAUAACUGUUGGAAAAAGAACAUCAAGAUUAAAAUCUUUCGAGAUGAGAUGAGAUAAAAUAAGUCUGAGGGAAAAGGUAGGAAGAAACUUUGAAUACUUUGAUAACAUUUUAAGCAAUAUUUGACAAUGCCCUUGCGUAAAGACGUUGGAAGUAAUAAGAUUUGAAAGAACUGGAGUUGUUCACGGGACUCCUGAAGCUUUCGAACAAAAAUAUAGUCACCUCAAUCUAUAUAUAAAUUAGCCUUAGUU